GGGAUCGGCUCUGGGAAGGCACCGCUGGAACAGUGUAUCCAGCUGGCUGAGAGGGCUGGGGUGCAGCAGCACUGGCUGGCCUGCCAACACCUCAUUAUUGAUGAGAUCUCAAUGGUGGAUGGCAAGUUCUUUGACAAGCUGGAGGCAGUGGCCAGGGCAGUGAGAAAACGAGAUGAGCCUUUUGGAGGAAUUCAGCUAAUCAUCUGUGGGGACUUUUUGCAACUACCUCCAGUCUGCAAAGAUAAUGAAGAAACCAAGUUCUGCUUCCAGGCAAAAAGCUGGAGAAAAUGCAUCCACAUAAACAUGGAGCUGACUGAAGUGCGGAGACAGACUGACAAGACCUUUGUCUCGCUCCUGAGCGCAGUCCGUUUGGGCAGGUGCACAGAGGAGGUUACCAGACUGCUGAUGCAGACGGCUACUAACAGGUCUGAGCGUGAUGGGAUCCUGGCUACGCGGCUCUGCACCCAUAAAGAUGAUGUAGAAAUAACUAAUGAGAGACGCUUGCAACAGCUAUCAGGAGAAAUGCACACGUUUGAGGCUUUGGACAGUGACCCAAUGUUAGUGAAGUUAAUUGAUGCUCAGUGUCCUGUGGGUGGUAGAGUUGAGCUGAAGCUUGGAGCUCAGGUGAUGCUGGCAAAGAACCUGGAUGUGUCUCAACGGCUGGUGAAUGGGGCACGAGGAGUAGUUGUAGGAUUUGAAAGUGAACAGAAGG